UUUCCGAAAAGAGACCUAGAUCAUAACUAAAACUCCUUCUCUAAAGUCCUUCUUUACUGCAUUAAAUUAAAUUCCCAGUAGGUGACGCUCUCUGCCAACACGGAGCACAACCCUGCAAUGGGGAGGCACACGUUGACUUGAGUCUAACGACUCCCAUCUCGUCAUCAUUUGUAACCAUAGAGCAUGAAUUACCUCUUGAAGUCAUCAGUGAGAAUUUACGACUGGUCAACAAAAGCACGUGAUUCUCAAACGCACCCCCACCCCCAUAUUUGGCCGCAUACAUAGCAAAAACGAAGUACAGUGCAUUGCUAUAAUUCAUUAAUACAUCAUAAAUCGUGAAGCACAGCGUUAUAACGACCAAGAUCUACAAAUCAAGCCCUCUAAAACAACCUAAAUGAGCUCUUACUUUGUAAACUCGUUCUCAGGGCGCUACCCAAAUGGCCCCGACUAUCAGUUACUAAAUUAUGGAACUAGCAGCAGCGCUAUGAACGCCUCGUACAGGGACUCCGGCACCAUGCAUUCGGGCUCGUACGGCUACAACUACAAUGGGAUGGACCUGACCGUCAAUCGUUCAUCCAAUACGGGCCACUUUGGGGCUGUUGGGGAUAACUCCCGGGGUUUCCAGUCUCCCGCUCCGGAGACACGGUUCAGGCAGCCGUCAAGCUGCUCGCUGGCGUCCCCGGAGCCGCUGCCGUGCUCCAACAGCGAGAGUCUGGGACCCAAAUGCUCCUCGCCUUCCGACCAGAGCGCCUGCACGACGGGAAGUAACCUCACCAACACCACACAUUUCACUGAAAUAGACGAGGUGAGCGCUUCCUCCGAGACCGAGGAGGGCACCCAUAGAGCCAGCGCCAACCCCGCCGCCCGGACGCAGCAGAAGCAAGAGUCCACAGCAACCUCCACCACCACGGCAUCGAGCGAUGGCCAAGCACCACAGAUAUUCCCUUGGAUGCGGAAACUGCACAUUAGCCAUGAUAUGACUGGACCGGACGGCAAAAGGGCCCGAACAGCAUACACUCGCUAUCAGACGUUAGAGCUGGAAAAGGAGUUCCAUUUCAAUAGGUACCUUACCCGGAGGAGGAGAAUAGAGAUAGCCCACGCGCUGUGCCUCUCAGAACGGCAAAUAAAGAUCUGGUUCCAAAACCGAAGGAUGAAAUGGAAAAAGGACAAUAAACUGAAGAGCAUGAGUCUGGCUACUGCAGGUAACGCUUUCCAGCCAUAGACGUCACGCAAGUAAAUAAUACAAUACGUUGGGUGAAAAGAAUACACACAUUCAAAAUAGUUUUUAAAAACACUAUAACUGAGUACUGUACAACGCGGCAUCUUUUGGCAUGUUGUUGAUGUUUUAGGGCAACUUAACUUAUACUGUUGUACUGCUUCUAUAAAAAACAGUUCAUAUUCAUAUUCAUAUGUUGUUGUCUUUUAAUACAACAGUGAUUAUUGUUUGGAGGGGAAAAAAAGAAAAAUAGCUAUCAAUGCCGCCCGUUGUUAUUGUUAUAAAUAUCGUUUAUGUGUCAAGUGCUAUGUUACUGCUUUCUUGAAAGUUGGCAUAUGAGCUCUUAAAUGUUAUAACUUAUUUACAAACUAUAACGAAUAUACUUUUGAGUUUACAUCUUUAGAGACUCCUCUGCCCAAACAUGAAGUUAAGCUAUUUUAGACAGGCCCCUGUAUUGCUUUCAGCAGAAGUCUCGGUGUGUUAUAUAUGAUCACCUUCAUGUUUUCAUACCAUUGUUUGAAUCAUUUCUUUGGAUUUUUGUCAUGUGUUUAAAUUACUCAUUUAUUUUUUGAAAAAAGGAAACUUGUAUAAAAAAUCUUGACUAGAAUUCCUGUAUCCGUUCAUACGUUUGUAUAGUUAUAUUCCAAAUGUAAUUGUAUAUUAUUGGAUCAUGCUUAUGUUCCAGAAAGGAUGUAUAUAUUAGACAUUUUUAAUGUGACCAAUUGGCUAUUUGUAUUGGGCAGAGUGAAUGACAAGUGUGUGGGGAAAAUGACAAUUGUCAUGUCGGACUGCCUGUAAGCAUUUGCCAAUAAGCUUUUUGUAUUUGUUUGUAGCUUACCUUGGAGUACAAAAUAAAGUUCCUCAUACUCAGACCAAA